GCUUCUAAGAGGUUAAAUUUAAGCAUUAUUUCGGUCAAAAAACGCAUCUUCAAGUGCAGAUACAGCGAAUAUUUUGUGAUAAUUAUGAGCAAAACGCAAGGAUAAUAUGCUGCAUAGACUUCUUCUUCCCUAGACGUUUUCAAGUACAAUGGAUCGACCAAGUGGGACAUCAAGAUAUGAUCAAACGUGGGCUGAAUGAUAAACACAAUAUUUUUUAUAUCGCAAAAGUCAUUUGCAUUCGAUUGUAGCUAUAAUUUGCUCCCGAUACGUCGCUGUGUAAUAUUGUGAACCAAAAAACUUUUCAAAUACAUACAAUUUGUGAAUGUGAAGAUGUAAUUGUUGUCUUCAUUUGACAGAAGAAGAAUUAAUUAAUCUCCAACGAAUACUGAAACAUUUCAGCCUGGCUUAUAUAUUAUUGAUUGGAAGAGGACGAGAGAACACAGGCUAUAGCGACAAGUAAAUCGACCAGACUUGAUGUGGUUUUGAGCGGUGUUAUUGAUGUCAAACAACAUAGAUACGCCAUGGAAGGUUGCCUAUUUGAUCGUAAUUUUGGUCACAACAAUCAUUGGAAACAUCCUUGUAAUAAUGGUUGUGUACCGCAGCCGACGAAAUCAAUGGACAACAAAUCAUUUUGUCAUCAGCCUUGCUAUUGUCAAUCUCCUUGCUCCAACUGCUUAUCUUUUUAUCACGCUAUACUCAGCCUUUCACAAAGAGUGGUUCCUUGGGAAUAUUGGGUGUAAAAUUAAUACUUUUCUCGUGCACUUUAAUGCACUAACAUCAGUCGGAAUAUUAUGCUGCAUGUCCUUUGAUCGCUAUUAUCUCACAGCCUAUCCGUUAACAUUCAAGCUAUCAAAAACGCAAACGAAAAAAGUCAUUGCAGCCGUUUGGAUUCUGGCUAUAUCCAUUGCUUGCCCGAUGGCAUUUUUCUAUAAAAUGCACUCUACGGAUUGUCAACCAGAGUUCUCAGAACAGUGGACUGCUUACAUUUGUUGCUUUUGUAUACUAUUUCUGCUGCCGCACUUCACAACAUAUGCGACAUAUUUGAAAGUAUACCACUGUAUCCGAACAAGAAAUAACCAAAUUGUGUCGAGGUUUUCUCAAAAAGUCCCUCGAACGAAGAUUAAAGUAACUAAACUUCUUAUGGCACAAGUUAUUGUUUAUACUGUGUUAUGGCUUCCAUAUAUUGCUUAUCAGUUGAUUAUAUCGUUAACAGACGAUCGAACAUCAGUUUUGGCAAUACCAUAUCUCGCAUAUGCAUCCAGUGCGGCAAGCCCAAUGAUCUAUAGUAUUUUCAGCGCCGAUUUUCGCCGUGGAUGUAAACUAAUAUUUAUGAAAUACGAUGCAUCGAUAGCAUACAGACUGCCUGUGCAGAUAGACCGAAAGAAUAAGGUUGAUGUCGUGGUUUCGGAACAUAGGAAUUAUCGAGCGCCCGGAGCGUCGGAAAAAGGAAAUUCCAACCUCGUUCCCAGGCGGGAAACUGAAUUCCCGCCUUCGACAGGGUUGACAUUCUUUGAGCAGCCUCGAAUUGCAUGGUCGGAUGUUUAAUUAACUCAAAUCAUCAGAUAUACUUGUAGAUAUAGAUGUAGAAAUAAAAUCAUGAUAGUUUUUUUCAUGUAAAUAAUAUGUUAUUGCAUGCGUAUCAUUGUUGGUUUAUUUUCCAACACAUCUUGAUUAAAAAAAUCCAAACACUUUCCAGGUUGAAACUUGA